AAAACCUAUCCUGGAUACUUGUGUCAGUGUAUUUAUGUUCAUUUAUAACCAAGAUUACGCUCGUUUCCACCAAGAAAGUGUUACUAAAUUAACCAAAAGUGAUUCAACAGCAACAAAACCAAAAACAAUAGGACAUCUUUCGUCGUCAUUUUACUCUUGGAUUGCAUGAAAAAUUUUACCAAAUACUACACAUGAGUGACAAUUUAUUCCUCCAAUUAAACCAUUAAAUCUGUGAGUGGAUAAAAAUAAACACAAAGAGCUUACAAUUUAUUGUUGCUGAUAAAUCUUGAAACGAUAAAAGCAUAACCAAUUAGAGUUGUACAAUGUUGAUUAUGUUUCCAAAAAUGGUGAAUUGAUUGUGAACCAAGGAAAAGAAGCAAGAAACAAAAAAAAAACGAAGAGAAAAAAAAGUUGCUUCAAAAGCUGAUUCCAAUGUUCAUUGGUCCAAACAGGAUAAAAAAGCGAAUCGAAGGGAAAAGACGAAAACUAACAACGAAAAGUUACAUGAAAAUCUGGACCCAAUAAUUGAACCAAAGGUUGACGACAAUUGGAUCAUUUUAUAUGCAGUCUGGAGCCAUCUUGAUACUUUCCAUCUUGAUCAGGAAUUAAUCAACCUCGGAUUUUUACUUUAAAGUUUAUUGUUGUGUGCAUUUCAAGUGCCAAUAUUUGGAUUUAAGCGCAUUUCCAUUGGAUUUUAAUUGUUGACCGAAAACACCGGAUUAACCAAUCAGUUAACCUGGGUCUUAAAUCAGUUUCAUCGCCCUUUCACCUUUCUCAUCUCAUUGAGAAAUCGACUCCAAAGUUUAUUGUUGUGUGCAUUUCAAGUGCCAAUAUUUGGAUUUAAGCGCAUUUCCAUUUGGAUUUUAAUUGUUGACCGAAAAACCGGAUUAACCAAUCAGUUAACCUGGGUCUUAAAUCAGUUUCAUCGCCCUUUCACCUUUCUCAUCUCAUUGAGAAAUCGACUCCAAAGGAAUCUUCUCAAUCAAAGGUUCCCUCCAUGAUGAAUGAAGAUUACAGGAUGAGUGAUAAGGCUGAUAACGUUCAUAAUGGACACCACAAAGAACCAAUUAAUUAUUGUUCAGAUAAUUCUGAAAUGGAUGAUAUUGAACCAGAAGAUGAUUGUGACUCAAUGGAUUCAGAGAAAUCUCUUAAUUUGACCAUGGGAGACAAUUCAAUGGACACCUCAACACCACCUCCAACAGGUUCAACACUCAUAUCACCCAACUACAAUUACAAUAGAAACAACAAUUGCAACAACAAUUCAAAUGGAACUUUAAACCUGUCUUCACUUCAUUCAGCCAGUCGUGUUAUCCUCAACCCAGUGUCAAGUGUGUUCACUGCAUCACCAACCUCAUCCUCGUCCCCUUCACAUCGACCCUCAACCGCAACAUCAACAACCCCAACCAACAUGAAAUCAUCAUCCCUGUCAACCUCAAUGAACCCAAGCCAGUUACCAAUGUCAUCGCCUACCUCUUCACGAGACUCACAUUCACCGUUAUCUCCACUCGCAAUGUCAUCCUCACCACCACCUACAUCGUCAGCCUCUUCCCUUCACCAUUCACACUCUCAUCACCCUCAUCACCAUCACCAUCAACACAGCCAGCCAGCUCAUCACAAUCAACAUUCAUCCUCUUCACCCUCACCAAGUUUAUCAUCAGCAGCUACAGCAGCAGCCGCAGCAGCCGCAGUGGCAAACAAUUUACACCAAUUAGAACAAUUACAGGGUAUUCCAUUGAAUCUUAAGGGAGGCGGUUCAAGUGGAACUGAUUUAACCACUGGUUCAAGUUUGUCCAGUACAAAUUCAAGAUCAUCUCCAACUGGAACCGAUUUAUCAAUGAAUGGUUUCAAAAGUUUAUCUUCCAACUCCUCAAUGAAUGGAAAUUUAAUCAAUCCAAAUAACCACAAUAGCACCAGUUUAAACAACAAUCGAACCAACAACACCAACAGUAACGCAAAUAAUUUAUCAUUGAAUUUAAGUUCGUGCAACGGUGACAACGACAUUAACAAUGGUUCAUCAAGUCCAAGUGAUCUAUCAACAAGCGGAUCCCUGAAUCGCGGAUUAAACUCAUUAGCACCUAAUUUAUUAUCCUCACCAGCAGCAGUAGCAGCGGCAGCAGCAGUCGCCCGAUCAAAUUUACCAAUCGACAAGUUUGCCCAGUUGAUGGCAGCUCAAGGACAGUUGCUUUUAACGGCAACUUUGGCCCAACAAUUGCAACAAGCAUCAACAGUAAAGCAACAGGCGCCCGUCGCAACAAAUUUAAGCGGAUUUCCGUUGAACGAUAUCCAAACGAUUCAACAACAAUUGCAACAACAACAGCAAAACUUUCAAAACCUUCAACAAUUGUUGCUCCUUCAAUCGACUGGACAAUUGACUCCAAAUUUACAGCAAAUGUUGAUACAAAAUCAGUUUGAACAAACUUUACAAUCAUUAACUGGCCAUGGAAUGUCUUUACCUCAAGUUGCUGUAGCAGCUCAACAAUUGCAGCAACUUCAAGAAUCACUUGGUCUCAAUGGUUCAUCACCAACUUCAUCCUCUUCCUCUUCAUCUACAUCAUCUUCAUCUUCGGUUAAAAUUAAAAUGGAAGAUGCAAAUGAUAACAACAAUUGUUCCAAUUUUAACUCUACCAAUAAUAACAAUAGUAAUAAUAGUAAUAGUAAAAAUAAUAACAACCUAAGUAAUAAUUCCAAUAACAAUAGUUCGAGUAAAUAUCACCAAAGAAAUGGUUCACCUUGCGACAUGAUCACCAAUCAAAAGAAAGUAAUCAAUCUAAUUAAUCAUCAUCAUCAUAGUAUUAAUGGAUUAACCGAUCCAACUUCAUCUGCAUCUUCAGCCUCUUCAUCCUCAUCUUCCAACAACAAUGGCACAUGCAACAACAACACAACAGCCAACAAUAACAAUGUUAAUUCUCAUCAUUCGUCCCAUCAGAUUAACCAUUAUCAUCAUCAACUGUCUUCCGUACGAUCUCGUACAGAAACAAGUCCAGAGGAAAUGACAGAUCUAGAAGAGUUGGAACAAUUUGCAAAAAUGUUUAAACAGCGAAGAAUCAAAUUGGGUUAUACCCAAGGUGACGUUGGUUUGGCAAUGGGUAAACUGUAUGGAAAUGAUUUCAGUCAGACAACAAUAAGUCGCUUCGAGGCUCUUAACCUGAGUUUUAAAAACAUGUGCAAAUUAAAGCCGUUACUGGAAAGAUGGUUGAAAGACGCUGAUGCCUCACUGACCAAUCCUGGAGUCAUGUCAUCGUCCCAGGCUUCAGCUGAUGCCAUUGGAAGAAGGCGCAAGAAGAGGACAAGCAUUGAGACGACAGUACGUGUUGCCCUUGAAAAAGCAUUCAUCUCUAAUCCUAAGCCUACAUCCGAAGAGAUAAGCAUGUUGGCUGAUUCACUUUGCAUGGAAAAGGAAGUGGUUCGAGUUUGGUUCUGUAAUAGAAGGCAAAAGGAGAAGCGAAUCAAUCCACCGCCCAAUUCAUCGGAUAAUCCAGGCAAUGGUUGUCCAUCACCUUCAUCUUAUCCCUCCCCACCUCCUUGUUGAUAAACAAUGUGAACAAACGCAAUGACAAGAGAAUGACAUGAAUCCCAAACGACCCUCUUCGAUUAUAAAUAAAAAUUUAAAUGAUUCCCUUUUCCUUUCUGUGAAAAGGUCAAUCGUAAAACAAUUUAAUGAUAAUUGUUAAUAAUAAUUAAUUGUCAUGACACAGAAUAAAAAAAUCAACCAUCAA